CACAGUAUGAACAACCGUAGCGGCGGCUAGCUUGACUUUGGUAUCGAGUCUCGCUUGACUCCAGUGGUAAACAGCGUGAAGGCCUUUGGCUGCAGCUCGAAAUCAGAUAACGCUUUAGCAGUCUUGUGGUGAAAUUUCACUUCAAAAUGGGCGUAAAAAUAGAAAUGUUCAAAAUGAUGUUGUAUUUGUCCUUCCCCGUUUCCAUGUUCUGGAUAUCGAAUCAAGCAGAAUAUUUUGAGGAAUACAUCGUAAAGAGGAAGAGGGAGAUCUUCCCCGCCGACGAGGAACUUCAUAGGAAAGAGUUGGAAGACUUCAAGGAGAGAAUGCGCGCACGAAAAGAGCAGCGGCGACUGAAGCAAAUCUCGAUGGAGUCAGACAACUAAAAAUAUUUUCUUGAUAUAUAUUUAAACCAUAAUUGGUGGCCAUGUAUCAUAUAAGGCAACGUUGAAUGGAGCAGGGAAAUUUGAAUAUUAUACUUUUCCCACUGAACUUUGACAGCACGUACUUGGAGUGUAAUUAUUAUUAUUAUUAUUAUAUAUAUAUUUUUUGUGAUUGAAUGAUUAUAUAUGCUGUUGGACUUA